GCAGCGGCGUCCGGCCCUGGAGAGCAGCAGGCAGCGGCCGGAGAGCGCCGCCGAACACCCGGGCCCCAGACGCCGCCGACACCCGGAGAGGCAGUUCCGGCGUCCUGACGCCUUCCUCGUUCCUCAGCGCACCCCCGGCCCUGUCCUCAGAGGAGUCGCACCGUGAGCGCCCUCCCGGCCAGUUCAGCACCAGCUCACAGGACUAAGGACCAAAGGCAUUUCUGGGCACUGAGAUCCUCAAUCUCUGCCCCCAGGCAUGAGCCGGCGUGUUGUUCGACAGAGCAAGUUCCGCCAUGUGUUUGGGCAGGCGGCAAAGGCUGACCAGGCCUAUGAGGACAUCCGUGUGUCCAGGGUCACAUGGGACAGCUCCUUCUGUGCCGUCAACCCAAAAUUCCUGGCCAUUAUCAUGGAGGCUGGAGGCGGUGGUGCCUUCAUUGUCCUGCCUCUGGCCAAGACAGGACGAGUGGAUAAGAACUACCCGCUGGUAACUGGGCACACUGCCCCAGUACUGGACAUUGACUGGUGCCCACACAAUGACAACGUCAUUGCCAGUGCCUCAGACGACACCACUAUCAUGGUGUGGCAGAUUCCAGACUAUACCCCCAUGCGCAACAUUACGGAGCCUAUCAUCACACUCGAGGGCCACUCCAAGCGUGUGGGCAUCCUCUCCUGGCACCCUACUGCCAGGAACGUCCUGCUCAGUGCAGGUGGUGACAAUGUGAUCAUCAUCUGGAAUGUGGGCACCGGUGAGGUGCUGCUGAGCCUGGACGAUAUGCACCCCGACGUCAUCCACAGUGUGUGCUGGAACAGCAAUGGUAGCCUGCUAGCCACCACGUGCAAGGAUAAGACCUUGCGCAUCAUCGACCCCCGAAAGAGCCAAGUGGUGGCGGAGAGAUUUGCGGCCCACGAGGGGAUGAGGCCCAUGCGGGCCGUCUUCACACGCCAGGGUCAUAUCUUCACCACCGGCUUCACCCGCAUGAGCCAGCGAGAGCUGGGCCUGUGGGACCCGAACAACUUCGAGGAGCCAGUCGCACUGCAGGAGAUGGACACAAGCAACGGCGUCCUACUGCCCUUCUAUGAUCCCGACUCCGGCAUCGUCUACCUGUGUGGCAAGGGCGACAGCAGCAUUCGGUACUUCGAGAUUACCGACGAACCACCCUUUGUGCACUACCUGAACACGUUCAGUAGCAAAGAGCCGCAGCGAGGCAUGGGUUUCAUGCCCAAGCGGGGGCUGGAUGUCAGCAAGUGCGAGAUCGCCCGGUUCUACAAGUUGCACGAAAGAAAGUGUGAACCCAUCAUCAUGACUGUGCCCCGCAAGUCAGACCUGUUCCAGGAUGAUCUGUACCCGGACACGCCGGGUCCGGAGCCGGCCCUAGAAGCCGACGAAUGGCUAUCUGGCCAGGACGCUGAACCUGUGCUCAUUUCUCUGAGGGACGGUUACGUUCCGCCCAAGCACCGCGAGCUCCGCGUUACUAAGCGCAACAUCCUGGACGUGCGCCCACCCUCCGGGUCCCGCCACAGCCAGUCGGCCAGCGACGCCAGCUUGUCGCAGCAGCACACCCUGGAGACGCUGCUGGAGGAGAUCAAGGCCCUUCGUGAGCAGGUGCAGGCCCAGGACCGGCGCAUCACGGCCCUGGAGAACAUGCUGUGCGAACUGGUGGACGGAACCGACUAGCGGGGCGCGCGGGGAGAAGCUCCACGCAGGGCGGGCGGGCGGGGCGGGGCGCACGGACUCGGCCCCGCCGGGUUUUA